CGCCCGGCGGCGGCGAUGGGGGCGAUGGGGGCGGCGGAGCCGCUGCGCUCGGUGCUGUGGGUGAAGCGGCAGCGCUGCGCCGUCAGCCUGGAGCCCGGGCGAGCGCUGCUGCGCUGGUGGCGGAGCCCGGGGCCCGGCGCCGGCGCCCCCGGCGCGGAUGCCUGCUGCGUGCCCGUGUCGGAGAUCAUCACCGUGGAGGAGGCCGAGGUGCGCGGGAAGCACCACCCCAGCGGCCGCUGGCAGAAGAUGGAGAAGCCGCACGCCUUCACAGUUCACUGCGUGAAGAGGGCGCGACAGCACCGCUGGAAGUGGGCACAGGUGACGUUCUGGAGCGCCGACGAGCAGCUGUGCCACCUGUGGCUGCAGACCCUCAGGGAGCUCCUGGAGAAGCUGACGUCCAGGCCGAAGCAUUUGCUGGUUUUCAUCAAUCCGUUCGGGGGAAAAGGACAAGGCAAGCGGAUCUACGAGAGGAAGGUGGCGCCAUUGUUCACGCUGGCCGCCAUCAGCACCGAGGUCAUCGUCACCGAGCGUGCCAAUCAAGCCCAGGAGGCUUUGUACGAGAUGAACCUGGACAAGUAUGACGGCGUCGUGUGUGUGGGCGGGGACGGCAUGUUCAGCGAGGUGCUGCACGGCCUCAUCGGCAGGACGCAGAGGAGCGCCGGCGUCGACCAGAACCACCCCCGAGCCGCGCUGGCGCCCAUCGCCCUCCGCAUUGGCAUCAUCCCCGCCGGGUCCACAGACUGUGUGUGUUACUCGACAGUGGGCACCAAUGAUGCCGAGACGUCAGCUUUGCACAUCGUGGUGGGGGACUCGCUGCCCAUGGACGUGUCCUCGGUCCACCACAACAGCACGCUGCUGCGGUACUGGGUGUCCCUGCUGGGCUACGGCUUUUACGGGGACAUCAUCGAGGACAGCGAGAGGAAGCGGUGGAUGGGUCUCAUCAGAUACGACGUCGCAGGCGUGAAGACCUUUCUGUCGCACCACUGCUACGAGGGGACCGUGUCCUUCCUCCCAGCGCAGCACACGGUGGGGUCUCCGCGGGACGGGAAGCCCUGCCGGGCAGGGUGCUUCGUGUGCAGGCAGAGCAAGCAGCAGCUGGAGGAAGAGCAGAAGGCGGCACUGUACGGCCUGGGAGACGCCGAGGAGGUGGAGGAGUGGCAGGUGGUCUGCGGGAAGUUCCUGGCCAUCAACGCCACCAACAUGUCCUGUGCCUGUCCCCGGAGCCCCCGGGGCCUCUCCCCGGCUGCCCACCUGGGAGACGGGUCCUGUGACCUCAUCCUCAUCCGGAAAUGCUCCAGGUUCAACUUCCUGCGGUUCCUGGUCAGGCACAGGAACCAGGAUGACCAGUUCGACUUCACCUUCGUUGAAGUUUACCGGGUGAAGCGAUUCCACUUCACGUCGAAGCACGCCGAGGGCGAGGAUGGCGACCUGCAGGAGCGAGCCAAGCAGCGGUUCGGGCCGCUGUGCAGCGACAGCCCCGCCUGCUGCCGCUCGGCCGCCAAGAGCUCCUGGAACUGCGACGGGGAGCUCCUGCACAGCCCCGCCAUCGAGGUCAGGGUCCACUGCCAGCUCGUUCGGCUCUUUGCCCGCGGCAUCGAGGAGGAGCCCAAGCGAGAGGCGCACAGCUGAGACGCCGUCACGCGGCAAGUGUGACGGUUACCAGGACACCGACUGCAGCCUGAUCACGGCGAUAGAUUCGUUUAAAUGUAGAAAUUUAUUUUUGAUAGCCAAAUCUGUCUUAGGAAAAGUCCCUUUUGUCAGCCACUCGCUGUCCCUCUCGGGCUGUGUCACACAGGCUUGACCCGGCGGUGGCUUCCCCACGGUGAUUAUAGGGACUUUAGGCCGAGACCCACUGUGUGACGGCUCGGGACCAGGUUCUGGGGAGGAGCAGCUUCUCUCCACCCUCGACCGCCAUCCUCCGAGCUGCGAUCCUCACUGUGGGCUGCAGCACCGGCGGGCCACACGGGGACAAUCCGGCUGGGCGGGGGCUCCGGAGACCACGGGGGAAGGGUUAUAGCAGAGCUGGGAAACACGGCAGCGUGUCCAUCGGGAGAGAGUGGAUCCAGUGUUGGCGCCACACCUAGCCCCACGGUGGUGUCCCCAGGACACCACGGGGCAGCCCGGCUCUCUGCACUCGGCACGCCCGUCCCCGUGCUGUGGUUACUGACGCCUCGUUCCUGGAGAUUCGAGCCGUGUACGCGGUGCCGUCUCUGCUGCCCGGGUCCUGCUGGGUGUAGACUGACGCGUCCUGUGACGUGUGUAACACGGGCUUCCCUGAAUGCUCUGACCCGAGGGGCGGGGGCGGGGGGACUUGACUGUUACCAGUAGCGCCGUGCCUGCCGCGGCCCGUGCAGCACACGCCGUCUCCCGCCUCUCCUUCAGAGCCACCCAGGCGGGGCAGCCUGCACGUGGUUUGUUACCGAGGGAGGGGGGAUGGCCCGGCUGCUUCCCUUCGGCUUUGGGCCUGGGUUGGAAGACCACAGACCCAGCACCUGAAAGACAGUGUGGCCCCCGGACCCGCAGCACCGUCCCAGGCUGCUCCCGUGGGGCGGGGAGUGCGGGAACCGGGCAGCUUCGUACGCUUUCCCCAGAGACCCCUGAGUCUGCCCUGGCCCUGGGGAACGAGGCCGCUGCCGACUCGAGAGACAGGGACCAGGCAAAGCAGGCCCUGGUGAGACUCUUCCCCUGUGCCUGUCAGAGCUGCACACUGGUGCUGUUGCUGGGGCCCCGGGAACGUGGGUCCUGGGCAGGGGGCGGCCCGCACGCAUUCCCAUGGAACCUCAGCUCCUGGACCUCGGGGUGCUGGUUGGGUGGCAAGCAUGGCCCCAGCCGGUGCUGGGACUUGCCUGGCAGCUCGCAGCACACUGCAGGCGGGCAGCGCGGGUCCCGGUUCGGGGUAGGCCUGCGGUCAGCCAUUCCCGCGAGCCCCUGUGUGAGUGGGAGACACAGAAAGGAUGGCUUUGUUCUUUCUGAUCUUGCUGGUUUCAAGAUUAGAAGGUGGCGUAUUUGAUCUGAAAUGUUUGAAAAGACAAAAUAAAACUACUUUGGGCAGAA